GAACGUCGAUUGCAGUUAAUGCAACAUCACACCGGCCAGCAUUUGUUCACAUGGGCUUUGGAUGUGUACGCUCACGAACUCCGAUCUCGCGGUCUGUCCGCCACCGUUCAAUUUCAUGGUGGUUCCGUCCACCCGGAUCGAUUCGUUGUGGAUGCCGCCAUUGUGGACCCCAGCGCCAGCGCCAGCACCAACGACACAGAAUCUCUGCAUGGAAUUAUCAAGCGACUUGAAUCCUUUUGUCGCAAAAUCAUCGAAGAUGGAUUACCCGUAUCUGUUGUUUCACUACCAUGGAGUGCCGUAGCGGAGGAUCAUCGAAUUCGAAGAUUUCCAUGGGUGAAUUAUCCGAACAUUGUCAGAGCGGUACGCAUUGGUGAUUGGCCUUCGGCAUCCGCUUUGUCGGCCACUGCAGAACUAUGUUGUGGAACACAUUUGAUGUCCACUGCGGAUCUGGUCGACCUGGUUGUUGUCUCAGUGCGUUCACGACAGCAAACAACGAAGCAGUUUACUGCGAUUGUCGGAGAGAGAGCCCGAACAACCCGUCUCUACGGCGAAUCAAUAGUCGCUGAUGCACUCGCUCGAGAGUCCAAUGCGUCGAAGACAGAGCUUGCGAACCACAUCGAUUGGAUAUUAUGGAUUUUUCACCACACUAAUCCCAAACAUCCUAACACACAACCUCUCCCCAUUGUUGCUCGUGACCUCCUUGAAGCCUGUCUACAAAGAAUGAAGAAAGGUAGAGUGUUUACUCCGCCGAUUCCACCGAUGGAUGAAACCACUUCGUUGGCCGAUCAAAUUGCCGAACUGUUUGAACGCGCCCACAGCUCUCCACUUGUGGCACCAGUAAAUUUUUCCAGGCUGGAUGCGGUUUUCAAAGCAUUGGUCCAUCUGAAUCCCCUGAAUCCGGGCAUUUUUUACAACGCCACCACUGCCGUCCUCUUUUGCCCGAAUGCAACUGAUAUCCCCGGUUUCUCCUCACUGGACGUUGCCAAAUCAAUCGCGACUAGAAUGUCUAACUCAUCUCUGUGUGGCGCCAUCGCAAUUAAAGCACGACCUUUACGUUCGAGUGCGAACAAAGGGACAGCGGGUCGGUUCAAAUUCGCAUUAUUGGAGCUAGAAAACCCAGCCGAUAGUCAGUGGAGUAGUUACCACAAUUUGUUGGAAUCACACUUCAAAGAUGCACUCCUGUUGCUAUCGAGUGACACUUCUGAUCCCCUUGCGAAAAAAGCGUAGUUAUAUUAUUGUCUUCAUUCACUUUUGUAAAUAAUGCGACUGUAUAUGCACAAUACACUUCUCUAGUCAAUCC